AUCUUCUUCGUCUCAUCGUGACGUGUAUAUAUUCUUUCUCUCUCUUUCCACCUUAUUAUACGCGCGCGCGUGUGUUGUGUGUUGUGUGUGUGUGUGUAUGUGUGCGCGCGCGCGUGCGCUCACUUAACCACACCACUAAAGCGCGAGGCGGCAAAUACAACACUCGAAGAAGAAGAGUGGAGGAAGAAGAAGAAGAAGAAGAGGAAGAGGAAAACUGAACGAAGAAGAACGAACUAAGAGUAAAGGAAGGAAGGAAGGAGACACGAAUGCCGAUCGCCGGUAGAGUUCUGGUUGCUGGAACCGCGGCCCAUUGCCUGUCUUCCGCCGUUGGCAUGCUUCGAUUCCUCGCCAGACUUUCAGGGAGGCGGCGACACGUGCGCCGGAGUUCUGGGCCAGGUGGAACGGCUCGUGCUGUCGAGGAAACAGAAAAAGCUGCUACGACGGCAGCGGUAGUGGCAGCAGCAGCAGCAGCAGCAGCAUCAUCAACAGCAACGACGGCGACGACGGCGACGGCUGGUCCGACGACGACGACGACGACGACGACGAUGGUGAUGGCAACGGCGGCAACGGCGGCAACGACGACCACGACGACGACGACGAUGAUGACGACGAUGACAACGACGACGACGACGACGACGACGACAACAACAACGAUGACGACAUUAGGAACGAAGGCAGGGGUGGUACCGGCUGGAGGCAACGGCACGAUUGGAGGUACCCUUAUGGCCAACGUGGGAUGCCAGAUGAUAGGAGGAGAAAACGGGAUAAUCGAAGAAGUUAGUUCGCCGCUGGCGGAUGAGGAACUCUGUUGUUGCGACAGCACCACCGUCGGCACCGGCAGUACCACUAGCAGCAGUAGUGGAAGUAGCAACAAUAAUAACAGCAACAACAAUAACACUACUACCACCAGCACAGUCAUCAUGGAUGACAACAACAAUAAUCAUCGUUACCAACAAUACUAUAGGCAUCAUCCGCUUCUUCAUCGUUCCUUUCCACAACAACAGGAUCAUCUUCGUUGUUGUCAUCAACGUAGGAACAUCGAUGUCACGAAGCCGAUGAUGGAUGAGAAAAUGAUCGAGGAUUAUAGUCAUUUAGAAGAGAAUGAUUCUCAGGAAUCGUUGUUAUCCAAUUCUCGUGAAUUAGAGGAAACGUCGUCUUGGGACAUAGCGGACCUACGUUACCUACAUCGUCAACACCAUUUACAUUAUAGCUAUUGCCAUCAGCUUGAACAUCAACAUCAACGUCAUUAUCUUAAUCGUCAACACCAUUGUCAACACCAUCAUCGUCCUCAUCACCGACAUCAUCAUCAUCAUCAUCAUCAUUAUCAUCAUCAUCGUCAUCGUCAUCGUUAUCAACGUCAUCAAGAGUAUCAUCUACAGCACCAGGAACAACAACAACAACAACAGCAACCAAAUCCACAUCAUCAUCAUCAUCAUCAUUAUCAUCAUCAUCAUCAUCUCGACGAUUUACAACAACGUCUUCGGAAGGAACGAAGGCGAGAAAAUGUUGUCUCUCCUUCUUCCUCCUCCUCCUCUUCCUCCUCCUCCUCUUCUUCCUCCUCCUCCUCCUCCUCCUCCUCCUCCUCCUCCUCCUCGACGACGAUGACGACGACGACAACAACGACGACGACAACGACGACAACGACGAUGGCAACCACUAUCAUCACCGGCAACAGCACCAGCACCGGCACCACCUCUUCUUCUUCUUCCUCCUCCACCACAUCGUCGUCGCCUAUCAUCCCUCUCGUUCGACCUGAAGAUAGUAACACGUCCAGGAGUGUCACUGCCAUGACGAGAGGAUGCAGGAUUCCACCAUACCUCGCUACGUUACUCAUCAUCUCUUACACCCUAUUCGGUAUCACAGAUGCCUGUUCGUCGCGGUCAACGCCAAAGCCACGACCACCAACGCCGACACCUCGGCCAAAUAUCACAUUCCACAUGUAUACGUGUCCUCCGGAUUAUGCGGAGUGGUACUGCCUGAAUGGUGCCACGUGUUUUACCGUCAAAAUCGUCGAUUCCCUCCUCUACAAUUGCUUAUGCGCUAAUGGCUAUAUCGGACAGAGAUGCGAGUUCAAAGACUUGGAUGGUUCCUAUUUACCUUCUCGUCAACGGGUAAUGUUGGAGACCGCAAGUAUUGCCGGUGGUGCGACGAUAGCAGUGUUUCUCGUCGUUAUCAUUUGCAUAGCAGCUUAUAUACAUUGUAAAAGAAAACAAAAGGAAUUGCGAACAAGCAGUAACUGCUUCGACACGGUGGAUGGACCCGGUCGAGAUCCGGAGCUGAGGCCGUUUAGCAACCGCAGCCGCUCCCUUAUGAUCUACAUGGCCAAGAAUCCUCCCAACAGCUCGGCAACAAUAGAGCAAACAAGAAUGCCAGGAUGGAACCGAGUAGAAACAAUGGAAUCUAUGAGAAUGGCAUCUAUAAGCGAGAGCAAACGUUCGAGCCAAUAGCCAAGAUCAAACUCGUGUCGGCAAAAGAAGAAGAUCUACGAUGAUAAAUCGUGGAAGAUCAAUUAUUGCCGAUACGUCGAUCGCCAACAGAAAUAUCUAUCUUCCGACAUUAUUAUCAAUCGUUGUUGUUGUUGUCGCCGUCCGAACUACGAAGCUCGACGAAAGCGAAUAAUAGAAUCGUCCAAAAAAAAAUCAUCAUCGUCAUCAUCAUCAUUAUCAUCGUUAUCGUUAUCAUCAUUAUCGUCGUCAUCAUCAUCAUCAUCAUCAUCAUCAUCAUCAUCGUCAUCGUCCAAGCUUGCUAAUUUUUCUAGAAUUACAUCUGUACUUGUACGUUUUGCAUCGUUCCUUUCAUUUCACGAAGAUAUACGGCCCUGAAAUGAUCGAAAUAUUUAACACAAUGCCGAAGAACAAAAACAUUUUUUCCUUAAUAUACCAUGUGAAAUACGUUCGAACAAAGGAUAGGAAGGAAAAAAAAAUUAUAUAUAUAUAUAUAUAUACACACACACAUAUACAUAUAUAUAUAUAUUUAUAUAUAUAUAUAUAUAUGAAAAAAAAAAUAAUAGAAAACAAAGAGAGGAAGAGAAAAGAGUAUUUCUUUCAUUAAAAAGAUAUACUUGAUAAUAUUUGUUCCAACGUAUUUCUAAUAUUUAUAUUUUCGUGAAACGGCUAGGCUGAAUAUGGUGCUAAACUACGUGAACAUGACUUCUUCACGAUCGCUUGCUUUUUUUUUCUUGAUCUUCUUUUUUCUUUUUAUUUUUUUUAUGUUUUUUUUUUAUUUUUUAUUUUUUUUUCUUUUUUUUGGUUCUUUUCUCUUGCUUGGGUUUAUUCUACUACUUUUCUUCUUUUUCUGUUUCCUUUAAUUUUUAUUUUUUCUUUCUUUUUUCUUUUUUUUCCCCCCAAGACUUCUAUAUAGAAAAAAAAAACAAAAGAAUAGUUGUUCCCUCUAUAUUGUUCUCUCCCUAUUUUCGAAUUUAACAAGAUACUGAUUUAAUAAUGAUCACAUUUUCUUGUUGAUAUAACUAAUAUAUAUAGAUAUAGAUUACACACAUACGCACACGUACACGUUGUUGAUUAAAUUAUUUGGAAUAAUUUCUCAUUUUACUCAAACAAAUUUAAUAUAUAAUACAAAAUAUAAGCGCAGGACAUGCACGUUUGUUGUUUGUUGUUAUUGUUAUUAGAACAUUAACGACGAAAAUCUUGUAAAUCUGUCGAUAUAUAUAUUUUUUUUUUUUUUCUCUCAGAAAAAAAUAUUUUCAGUUUCCGAUCCUUAAGGGAGGAAUUAAUAUCUAUCUAUAAAUAAAUAAAAUCUUUGACGAACUUUCAUGAACAUUCAUAGUUCACAGAAAUUAUUCUAUUUUUCUAUGGGUCUAUUAUAUAGCCCUAAAGUUAUAUAUUCUUAAAGAUAUUCCUAGAUUUUCUUAUAAAAAAAAUUACACUCAUUUUCGAAACAUUUUUUAUUUUAUUUUUUCUUUUUUCUUUUUUUUUUUUCUUUUCUUUUCUUUUCUUUUCUUUUGCUGAUCAGUAAAACUAAUACGUUCGGCUUGUUGAAUUAACAAUCCUUAAUUCUAAAAGUCCAAAGGAUCUCGAAAAAGAAGAAUAUGAUUAUUAAAAUCUAUCGGUAACUUUUGGUCCACCUUAAAGUACAUUGAUUAAUACCGUAUUAUUUAGUUCUGCGCUUCAAAAAAAAAAAAAAAAAAAAAAAAAGAAAAAUUAGAUUUCAGUAGAAGAGAAAAAAAAAGUACUUUGUUUAGCAUGUAAAUGUAAACCAUACUAAAUACUUGGUUUAGCAUUCAUUUUCCUUCUCCUUUUUUUGUUUCUUUUUUUCUUUUUUUUUGUAUUUUUCCUUUUCUCUCUCUCUCUCUCUCACUCUUUCCCAUCUCCACACUUCUGAUCUUUUGUUCUGUUUUUUUUUUUUUUUUUAUUAUUAUUUUUUUCUUUUUUCUUUUAUUUUUUUUUUUUGUAUUCAUUUUCUUAGCGACGUGAGGAUGUGGUCACGAAAAAAGGACCAUUGAGAUGAUGUAAAUAGUAAAUUAUACUUUCUAAGGAUUUUGCCUACGCACCGUCCACGAUACAUAUAUAAAUACAUAUAUGUGAGUAUGUGUGUGUGUGUGUGUGUGUGUGUGUGUAGCGAGCGCUCGCACGCGUGUGCGCGUGCAUGUGUGUGUGUGUGUGUGUGUAUAUGCAUAUAAUUUAAAAGAAAAGAAGAAAAAGGUGAAAAGGACUGAAGUAGUAACGAAGCCUUUCGUCGAUAGUUUUGAUUUAUCCGCGUCAAAAAAAAAAAAAAAGAAAAAAAAGAAAAAAAAAAAGAAAAAAACAUAGAAAAAAAAGCAAAAAAAAAAGGAAAAAAAAAGAAAAGAGAAGAUAAGGAAAAAAAAAAAGAGCCGUUUAAUAUCCAAAAUAAUUAAUUCACAUAUAUACACAUGCAUAUUUACAUAUUACACAUUGGUAGGAAAAGUGUGGGGCCCCAAAAAGUUCCUAGGUUGGGCCAAAAAAAGUGUUCCCAGAGGUGACUUUAAUAAAUCGAUAUUUGCUCCUUUUUCAGAGACACCUUUUUCUCCUGGAGGCUAUUUUUUUUUUUUUUUUAUAUCUGUUUUUCUUUCUUUCUUUUUUAUUUCCUUUUUUUCUUUUUCUUUCGUAAAAAAAAUGAGGGAAAAAUAUUAUAAAAAUCACAAGCUAUCUAGAAGGGAACUUGUUCUUCGCGUCUAAUCUGACAAUAAUAACGAUAAAAAAAAUAGAGCCUUCGAAAGGAGUAGUAAUUGAUUGUAAAAAAAAAAAAAAAAAAAAAGAAAAAGAGAGAGAGAGAAAGAAAAGAAAAGAAAAAAUAAUCACAUCGAGGAAUACUUUUGGUCCCCCGUCCCCUUCCUUCUCCCUAUAUAUAUAUAUAUAUAUAUAUAUAUAUAUAUAUAAAAGGAAAAAAAAAACAAUCAAACAAAUUAUGAAACAAUUUAUACGUAUAAAAAUAUCUUCUUUUUUUUUUCUAGAUACCUCAAUGCAAUGUUUCUCUCUAAAAACAUCUUGAAAAUGAAACGAUCAGUCUUUUUUGUUUUUUUUUUUUUUUUUUUUUUUAUUUUUGGCACGUUAUUA